GAGAGAGGAGGACUUUCAGAUUUCAAAACCUAUGCUUUAUUGUGUUUGCUUAAUGUUAAAGGCACAACUGCCCUGAGGGCAGGCCCUCUUCUUGGCUGCCAGCUCCUAGGCACCAGCACCGAGUCUGUCUUCUUGCUUAAUUUACCACAUGCUUUAUCUUCAGUUGCAGUCCCCUGGGACUGACCAACAUGAAUUCCACAAACAAAACCACUUUAUGUUUUCCCACCCGCUGUUUCACUUUCUAUACACCUUCGCUUCCUGAAUACCAGCAGAUCACUGCCACCAGCUGACUGCCUGAAACAAGAGAAAACAUCCAUUAGGUGGGUUUUGUGUGCACUGCAGUGCUGGAAAGGAAGAACCUGGCCAUGUGAGAAGGGCAAAUGUUUACUCGGUGGGACGUAUCUGAGCAACCCAAACACUCUGCAUGUGUAUUGUUAAUGUGCCUGGCAGAGAGGAAAGCUGACAGAGAGCUUCAGUCAACCAAGAAACUCAGUGGUUGCCCGUGGUGCAAGCAACAAAUGAUCAGUCACCACUGUGCUCUGGAUUCAAGCAGUUUCUGGUGGGAGAAUGAAUGCAGCCAUGUCCUUCAGAUGCACCUCUACGGGUCCUGAUUUACACUGGAGAUAUCUCACAGAACAUGAUCCAAAGUGCAAAGGAAAGAAGAAACUGAAGAUUUCAGGCAGAGAUCUGGCAUCAGUCCCUACACAGGUCUUUGGGCUGGACCAGCUGCAGGCCCUGGAGAUGAGUCCAGAACGAGAGAGCUGCCUGAGGUACCGCAUGGAGCUGCUGCCCCGCGAGAUCAGCCGCUUGAAGAACCUAACCCUCCUCUAUAUGGACUCCAAUAACCUGAAGAAAAUCCCUGCUGAAAUCGGUACCUUGAGGAACUUGGAGAGGCUGACGCUGAGCAACAACCACCUGAGCUCCCUGCCCCCAGAGAUGGGGACCCUGCAGCGGCUGCACAGCCUCCACCUGGCCAACAACAGCUUCACCCACCUGCCCGCAGCCCUCUGCCAGCUGAGCAGCCUCACCUUCCUGGACCUGAGCGACAACAAAAUACGCACCAUCCCCUCCAGCAUCCGGCAGCUGAAGAAACUGGAAACGUUGCUGCUGCUCUUCAACUCACUGGAAAACCUGCCCGAGGAUGUCUGUCUUUUAAGGAAUCUGCACACACUUUGGCUGGGAAACAACCAUCUGCGAUCCCUUCCACCACGAUUUGGGGAGCUGGUCAACCUGGACUGGGGGUACAACUACUGUUCCUGCAAUUUUGAAGGGAAUCCACUAGAAAAUCCUCCCCCUGAAGUCUGUAGCAGAGGUUCCAAGGAGAUCAGAAACUAUUUCUUGUCGUUUCAUAGAGUACUGGCAGAAUAGAUGACUGGGGUCAGCCCUUCAGCUGACUGACAUGGGUUUAUGCUGUGCAAAUCAUCUGCACAAGGAAAAUGUGUUUCAGAUGGAAAAAUGUGGUGAAAUCACUCUGUGAAGCUCAAAAGCUUCCUCUCUGCUGUAAGGUGAUUUUUCUGACAGUCUUUUUUUGACACUAGUAUUGAGUGAUGGCGUAUAUCUUUCAUCAGUUGUUUUAAGGACAGCUAUAAUCAUUUCAUUAUUUAUGGCUGUAUAAAUCUAUCUCAUGAAAUGUUGCAGCCAAACCUUCAGUCAGAGAAAAUGAACAGUAUCGAGUAUGGGAGGAUAGAGUCAGGUAAACACUUUGUGGUCUGUAAAUAGAAGUAGCAAGUUUGCACACCGAGUCAAUGCUUGAGUCUGGGCUUGAACAAGUGCAGGCUGAGAUUUAUCUCAGUGUUUAAUGCCAUUCAGACUUGGGGAUUUAGAUUUGCUUCACAUGGAUCAGAAUUUCUUUACUUUUCAUGGUAUUUCACUGUUUUGCACUUGCAGAAUCACCUCAGGGUUCUGGAUAGAAGCAACCUAUAUCCAGGUUGCAGAAGGUAAUAUGCAAAUGAUGUCUCCAUUGCUUUGGCAGAACAUAAUGUGUAUCUUAUCAUGCUUCUCUUGAGCAGCAGCACUGGUACGGAACUGUGGCUCUCCUGUGAAAUAGCACAUAGCUGGGGCUGGUUUGUCAAUCCCUGUGGAGUUACACAGAGCAAUAAUGGAAUGCGGGUAGCCCUCCUUUAUUGCAUGCAGCCCCAGCAGAAGGUUUCCACCUCUACCACGUCUGGAAAAGUGUUCAGAGAUAUUAAAAUAUGAGUAUGCAAACUUUCUGCAAGGGAAUAUUUCUGAGCAUUCUUGUUUGCAGUCAAAAAAAGGCUUCAUCAGUGCUGUAUUAUGGAAAUUUGCUGAGACUCCCUUCCUUUCAUUUUAUUUUCUCUCCCCUUAAUUUCUCAUCAGUAUUUUCUUCCCACCUACCCUUUGCUCUUGUUGGGUGUUUUCUGUCAGGCUGUUGCCUCUGUCCUUAUCUUCCUUUUUCAUUAUUGCCUCCUCAAAAGCAUCUCAUUCCCUAAUAAAUGCCAUUAUUUGCCCUUUUUUGUCUUUUGUCUUUUAUUUUUCAUUUGGCCAGUGUGCAAAAAAGCUGCAACUUCGUGUCUUUCCAGGAAGGAAGGGUGGAAUUGGGCUUGCUGGGAUCUGAGCAUGGGCUUCCAGGUUUUGUGGAGAGGGACUGUUGGUGUGUGAGACACAGAUAUAUGGAUCAUUAAGUGUGUUGUUCAGGCAUUGUCUUCUCCUUGGUCAGCAAGAGAAUGUGGGACCAGAACAGAUGCUGAAAUUGUACCAAGUAACAAAACACAAUGGCAGAUAUUCUUGGCAUGGACUGAUUUGUACAGUGCUCUGACAUUGGGUCUGGCCCUGACCUAUGUGCUGUGAAGCUUUCAAGCCAGUAUCACCUUUUCAUGAUUUAGUAACCAGAUUUGGUAUAGGUGUAGUAUAUCACAUUGCUGUAAAUUAAUGCAUGCUAAUGAUGGGCAUGCAAUAAUGCCUCAGCAGCUUCUUUCUUUGUUUUCCUGCAGGCAAUUAUUUUUAAAGGCUUGGAGGCGAAUUAUGUGGCACAGGAAACAAAAGAUUAAAGGGAUUAUAUUGCCUUGCUUGUUUGGGUCUUCUGUGGCAGCAUGAAGAAUCAGAAACCUGUUUACUUUUCAAAGGAGAUUUGCAGCAUGAUAGGAGACUGUACGUGAAGUAGCUCCUAAAGCUGGUCUUAGACUGAUAGAGCCAGCAUGGAGCUCACUGCAGCUGACUCCCAAAGU